AUGGCAGCCGAAUCAGACCACUUCGAUCUCCAGCGACUUCAUGAUUUAUUUUACACCUGUCACGCUGAAGACGGCACGAUCUGCUUAGAUAACUAUGUAAAUGCAUAUGAAGAAAUAUCAAGGAUGCUGAAGUUGAUGGGCACAGUGUUCGGUUUCGUCAACUCUGACGUCAUAGAAAAGAUCGGAAUUUUGAGAGAUUAUCGGAAGUCCAACAUUGGAGACCAUUACAAGACUAUACAGAUGAUGAUUCAGUAUGAAGUGGAUAACAAGUUAACUAACUGCAAGAAAAAAGCAUCAGGGGCCAGAACUCUUCUCAGGUUACACAGAGCUUUACAGUUUGUUGUGGAUUUGUUACAGACCCUGAAAGAUUCCGACGAACACGACAAAAUGUCCAAGCUUACAUCAGAGAGCUACUAUCGCACACUGUCGAAGCAUCAUCCAUGGAUUAUUCGUAAAGGUGUGGAUGUGGCCGUCUACACCCUGCCGUCCCGUAAGCAUUUCAUUGAGAAACUGAAAAUUUCUAACUUGGAGACCACUGACAAGCUGUUGGAAGCGACUGCCUCAAUGGGUCACAGGAUCUUCGAAGUCGUUGAGAAGAUUUACUCAGACUUUGACCUGCAUCAACUACCAUAGGAUAUUAAUUAGGAAAAACGUAGAUCUGUAUUGUGAUUUUUCAAAUGAACAUUUUUAUGUUUCAAAUUGUGACAUUCCUUGUCAUACUUCUUUCUUCUAUAAU